GUCGGUGUCGCUCGUUUGUAAUCAGGUGACGAUGCUGUCGUAGAAAAGAAAACGAUUAUAAAAAGGAGGAAAGCCCGAGGACACACGUCAACAUGAAUCUUGACCAACAGGAAGCUGUCUUCAAAGAUUUUCACGACGAGUCUCCUUUAUUACGGGCCAUAUUUCGCGGGCAUGUUGAAGCAGUUCGUAUAUUGCUAUCACAACAAGAGGAUGUUAAUUGGCAAGACAAGGAACAACGUUCCCUCUUACAUGCAGCAGCAUAUAGAGGAGAUACCGCUAUUGUAGAACUUCUCUUGUUAAAUGGUGCGGCAGCUAAUAGUAAAGAUAAGAAAUGGUUAACUCCUUUGCACAGAGCUUGUUGUUUGGGCAAUUACAAUGUGGUAGACAUUUUACUGAGAUAUAAAGCAGAUGCGAACGCCCGAGAUCGUAGUUGGCAGACGCCACUUCAUGUAGCAGCAGCAAAUAACGCUGUGCAAUGCGUAGAACUUUUAAUACCGCACUUAUUAAAUAUUAAUGUCACUGAUAGAGGGGGAAGAACGUGUCUUCAUCAUGCGGCAUAUAAUGGGCAUCUUGAAAUGGUCCAAUACCUGAUGCAGUUUGACUGUGUAAUAAAUGCUUCUGACAAGAAGGACCGGAGAGCUCUACAUUUUGCGGCAUACCAGAGACACAACGCGAUCGUAAAAGUGCUCAUAGACAAAGGCGCUGACGUGGAUGUUAAAGAUCGAGAUUUAUAUACCCCGUUACAUGCAGCAGCCGCUUCUGGUAACGUAGAAUGCGUGCGUAUUUUAAUCAACGCUGGCGCGGAUAUCGAGGCCAAGAAUGUGUAUGGAAACACUCCGCUGCAUAUUGCGUGUUUGAAUGGAUGUCCCCUCGUGAUCAAGGCGCUCAUGGCUAAUCACGUGAAUUUAGAGGCCGUGAAUUAUCGCGGACAAACCGCGAUGCAUAUCGCCGCCACCAGCGUACACGGUGUUCAAUGUUUCAAGAUGCUUAUAUGCGAGAGAUUGAAGGUAAACGUUCAAUCGGAAGAUGGCCGCACGCCGUUGCACAUGACCGCGAUCCACGGAAGAUUUACGCGAUCAAAAAUGUUGCUCGAUGCAGGAGCUUUCCCUGAUGCAAGAGACAAGAAUGGAAAUACUGCUUUACAUAUCGCUGCCUGGUUCGGUUUCGAGUGCCUGACAACAUCUUUAAUGGAAAGCGCAGCAUCUCCGGCUACGCGCAACGCGCAACAACGGACGCCUUUGCAUUUGAGUUGCUUAGGCGGACAUAUAGAAGUCUGUAGAAAACUACUGCAGCUCGAUAGCAGACGAAUCGACGCGCGAGACAUCGGUGGCAGGACAGCUUUGCACUUGGCAGCAUUUAAGGGUUCCGUAGAUUGCUUGGAUUUGCUGUUAUCUAGCGGUGCCAACUUCCGCCUCGUCGAUAACGACAAUCGACUGGCUCUUCAUCACGCCGCGAGUCAAGGACACUAUCCUUGCGUCUUCACUCUGGUCGGCUUCGGGAGCGACUCAAACGCUCAAGAUGUGAAUGGCGCCACGCCAUUGCAUCUUGCCGCAGCAGCGUCGAAUUCGAACGCCGAAUCCUACAAAUGCGUGCAGUAUUUACUGCAGCAUCGAGCGAAUCCACAGUUACGCGACAAACGAGGUUUCACCGCGAUCCACUAUGCGGUGGCGGGCGGCAAUCAAGCGGCACUGGAGGCACUUUUGAAUGCACCGUCGCCAUCGGGAAAUGUGGCCGCUUCUUCGCCCGGAUUAGGUUCUACAAUCGGACAGGAACCGCCGCCUCUGCCUGCGCUCACUCCGAUUCAUCUCGCGGCGUAUCACGGUCACGACGAAAUCUUACAAUUGCUUCUACCCCUGUUCCCCGAUACGAACAUCAAGGAAGACAGUGGGAAAACGCCAUUAGAUUUAGCCGCUUACAAAGGACACAAACAGUGUGUCGAACUCUUGUUACGAUUUGGUGCUUUGGUGUCAGUGCAGGAUUCCGUUAUGAAACGUACGCCUGUACAUUGCGCUGCCGCGGCAGGUCACGCCGAUUGUCUAACUCUUCUCCUGCAAAACGCGGACGAUCCCAACGUGGUGAAUCGUUACGAUUCCAAGCUACGGACGCCCCUGACCCUGGCUGUAGCGAAUAAUCAUCCGGAGUGCGCGAUGCUGCUGCUAAGGUACAAGGCUGACUGCAAUUUGCCAGAUGUCAACAAGCACACGCCGCUGUUUCGGGCAGUGAUUAACGAGCGAGAUAAUCAGCUGGUGAAAUUGCUAUUGAAGCACGGUGCGCGAGUGGCUGUGCAAGACGCAAACGGUAAAACGCCGUUACAUUUGGCAGCGGCUUGUGGCAGACUAUACGCUUUAGCAGCGCUCGUUCAAGCCGACCAGACCGCGGCUGCUUUGAAGGACGAUCAGGGAUGCACGGUGCUUCACUGGGCCUGUUACAACGGCAACUCCAAUUGCGUCGAAUAUCUUUUGAAUCAUAACGUGUACGAUUCCUUGGAAGAUAAUCUGUUUUCCGCGGUACAUUGCGCUGUGUAUCAGGGAUCCGCGCAUUGCUUAGACUUGCUGAUCAGCAAAUUCGGCGGACAAGCAGUCGUCGCUCCAAAAGAUUCAUCAUGCGGCUUGUUGCACGUCGCGGCCAGCGCCGGGUCCGUCGAGUGUGCGCGAUUAAUUCUAAACUCAGUCGGACCGGAACUAGCAGGGCUCGAAACGACUGAUUACUUUGGACGGACGCCGCUUCUUUGCGCGGCCGUCAAUGGACAAUGCAACGCUAUUGAAUUGCUACUUGAGUGGAAGGCCGAUGUACGUGCUGUCGAUUCCAGUAAGAAUACGGCGUUACACUUGGCAUGCCAGAGACGACAUUCUGCCGCGGCGUCGCUGCUUUUAAACUGGAUCGAGUCGCUUGGCGGCCCCGAUGUUGACAAGAACAUAUCGCAACAGCAACGAGUGGCUAUUAUCAAUAUGACCAACAAACAGCAAAGAACGCCGCUGCAUCUGGCGGCUAGGAAUGGCCUCGUAACAAUUACUCGUCGGUUAUUGCAAUUAGGCGCCAGUGUCGUGGCCGUUGAUGCCGUAGGACUUACACCCGCGUUAGCCUGCGCCCCGAAUCCGGCAGUGGCCGAGUGCUUAGCUACUAUUCUUGCCGCUCAUGGUCAAAAUGGAGAAACCACGCAAUACUCGUCAUCUAUUCAGCAAACGUCGGAGGUGUAUCUGAAUGACCGAAAUGGCGUAGACUCGCAACAUAGUUCCGACUCGGAAUUUUACUGACAGCGAGCAUUGACGUGCUCGGAUCGUCCUGCGUUCCAAGCGAAUCUGGACAUGGAAUCGAUCGCACGGCAAUAUCGUGAUCGCUAGAUCAAUCUGGAUAAGAGUUGUUGGCUUUUUUCCAUUCUAGUAUAAUUAAGACCUCUAACUCGGGUGAGCUGCGUGAGAAAUCGUCGAACAAUCGACAAAUCUCUCACGAUGACUAGCCACUUUAAGUAGCGAUCGUGACAAUACCUAUGUCUGUAAUUCGAUAGAGUUACUAAUCGACUGCCAAGAGGGGUACGGAUGCGAAUAUAAGUAUGUAACUAGAGUAAGUUAAUAAUAGCUGAUAAACUUGCUGUACACGAGCUGUACAACAUUCAAAAUUAUCCAGCUUUCUAUUUGUAAUAAUGCUAAAAAAUGCACUAGGACAAAAUUGUUUUACAUCACACAACAUGACAUUUUAUGUAAAGACUAAAUAUUAUUAUAAUUUCGUUUUAAAAAUCUAUCAUAUAAAAUUAGAGAGUAACGUAUAGAGUAUGUGUAAUUGUCAUUCGGUGUCGUGUAACGAUAUCCGUGUACGAUUAACGAUAGAAUAGUUGACGUUUUAGGUUGCGUUCGGAAACACUCGCGUAUACACGAGCGUCGUUCUAUCUUUGUUAUUUAUUAAUAGCGUUUUCGAAUGAACGGGUUAAUCCAACCCGGAUCAAUUAAUCACUAUAUUUUACUAUGA